AUGCUUACUAAAGUGGAGCUGAAAGAAGCUGUAUUUUCUCUUAGUAAUGUAUCGGCUGCAGGUCCAGAUGGAAUUAAUGGCAAGUUCUUCCAUACUUGCUGGGAUAUCAUUAGUGAAGACUUAUUAAACUUGGUGAAAUUCAUUUUCAAUGGUCAUUCUCUUUCCAAGUUCAUCUCACAUGCAUGUUUGGUUCUACUUCCAAAAGUAGACCAUCCUAAUAAGCUUUCAGAUGUCAGGCCCAUAUCCCUUAGUAAUUUUACUAAUAAAGUCAUUUCUAAGGUUCUAUGCCUUAGAUUAACUCCCAUUCUUCCUCAGCUAAUCUCUGAAAAUCAAUCAGGAUUUUUCCAGGGAAGAACCAUCUCUGAAAAUGUCAUGUUGGCACAAGAAAUCAUUCACAGCAUCAAAAGACCUAAGAUUGGUGAUAAUGUUGUUAUCAAACUAGACAUGGCCAAAGCCUAUAACAGAGUGUCUUGGUCAUUCAUAUGCUUUGUUAUGAGAAGGAUGGGAUUUGGAGAAAUAUUUAUAGAUAUGGUUUGGAAGUUAAUGGCCAAUAAUUGGUAUUCAGUUAUUGUGAAUGGUGGCAGGCAUGAUUUUUUCCAUUCUACAAGAGGCCUCAAACAAGGAGAUCCAUUAUCCCAUGCCCUCUUUGUAAUAGGUGUUGAUGUCUUUCAAGAAUGCUCAAUAAUCUACAUCAACAUUACUUGUACAAUGGUUUUUACAUGGAGAAGAGGGGCCCCUUGA